AGCCGGCUGGGGGUACUGAGGAACCAGCACCGGGUCUCAGGGCAGUAGCAGCCACGCUUGCUCCAAGUCAGGGGGGUGUUCUUUAAGGGGGUGUUCUGCUGGCUCGUCACAAACCAGACCCAGAAGCCAGGUGGCCUCCGGAAUUUCUGAGCUCCCUAAAUCUCCACCCCAGAGCGAUGGUGGCCAAACAGCGGAUCCGGAUGGCUAACGAAAAGCACAGCAAAAACAUCACACAGAGAGGGAACGUAGCCAAAACCCUGAGGCCCCAAGAGGAGAAAUAUCCUGUAGGACCAUGGCUACUGGCACUGUUUGUUUUUGUUGUCUGUGGAUCAGCUAUCUUUCAGAUCAUUCAGAGUAUAAGGAUGGGCAUGUGAGGAGCUGCGUAGAUUUGACAUUGCCUUUAUCAUCCAACAUGGUGGACCAGAUACAAUUUUAGCCUGACAUAAAUGUGAAGAGC